AUGCUAACCAGCUUAUUAUCCUCUUCUUCCUCAUACACUCUUGUUAGAUUGAUUAAUUCAAAGACACCUAUCUCAGAUUUUUCUUUAAAAACUGCACCCCAAUUGUCAAAAUCAGUAUCUCAUUCAGUUUCUGGCGGUUCAUACUCCAAUUUUCACUCCAAGAACCCAUUUUUGUCCAAUAAUAGUGUGAGGGAAAGGUUUAGGACAAAGGCCAUUGCUGGGCUGGAUUUUGGUGGGUUUGAGAGUGCUCAAUCAGUUCUUGAAGCAGCUGGAGUUUUAACUGCUAUCAUUGUUGUACAUGAAAGUGGUCAUUUUUUGGCAGCUUAUCUUCAGGGCAUCCACGUGAGUAAAUUUGCAGUUGGGUUUGGUCCGAUCUUAGCAAAAUUUAAUGCAAACAAUGUAGAGUAUUCGAUUAGAGCAUUUCCUCUAGGUGGUUUUGUGGGUUUCCCUGAUAAUGAUCCUGAUAGUGAUAUUCCAGCGGAUGAUGUGAACUUACUGAAAAAUAGACCAAUAUUUGAUAGGGUUCUUGUUAUUUCUGCUGGUGUAAUUGCUAAUAUUAUCUUUGCCUAUGUUAUAAUCUACGCACAAGUGUUGUCUGUUGGAUUGCCUGUUCAAGAGGCCUUUCCUGGGGUACUUGUGCCUGAGGUUAGGCCUUAUUUGGCUGCUUCGCGGGAUGGGGUACUGCCUGGUGAUGUUAUUUUAUCUGUCAAUGAUAUUGAAUUGUCAAAAACAGGUCCUAAUUUAGUUUCUGAAGUUGUUGAUGUUAUUAAGAGAAGUCCUGGAAGAAAUAUAUUGUUUAAGAUUGGAAGGGGACAGCAAAAUGUUGAGAUUUAUGUCACCCCUGAUGAGAAUUCAGAUGGAACUGGUAGGAUAGGAGUUCAAUUAUCACCAAAUAUUAAGAUUUCGAAGAUUAAACCAAAGAAUAUUAUGGAAGCUUUUAGUUACUCGGGACGUGAAUUUUGGGGCUUGACGUCGAAUGUCCUGGACAGUUUGAAACAGACAUUCUUAAAUUUCUCUCAAUCUGCCAGUAAGGUUUCGGGUCCUGUUGCCAUUAUAGCCGUUGGUGCAGAAGUUGCUAAGUCAAACAUUGAUGGCCUUUUCCAAUUUGCAGCUGUUUUAAAUCUUAAUCUUGCAGUAAUAAAUCUUCUUCCUCUGCCUGCUUUAGACGGGGGCUCGUUGGCAUUGAUCCUCAUAGAAGCAGUAAGAGGUGGGAGAAAGCUUCCAUUAGAAUUAGAGCAGCAGAUUAUGUCAUCUGGCAUUAUGCUUGUUUUAGUUCUCGGGGUGUUCCUUCUUGUUCGUGACACAUUAAACCUUGAGUUCAUCAAAGAUUUAUUAUGA